AACAGCGUGACUCAGAUGGAGAAUUUUCUCUCCCUUCUGGAAAGAGUUGAUACUUCAUGGCUUACCCUCAGCUUACCCACUUGGGCAACGGACAUGAUCUUUGCCUUUGUGUGUGGGCUGGGGCUCUUCUACCUCUUAUUACCCCUCCUGCCCCUUAACUCACCCCCGCCCCCACCAGGGGAAAACAUCACCGCCCAAAAGGUGGUGAAGAGAGAAUGCAGCAAGGUCAGGAAGAAGACCAGGACCCUGAGAGCUUACAGAGGCGGCAGGAAGAAACCCAAGGUGGACAAGGUACUGGUUUCACUUCUGCGCAGCACUGUAGGGAGGCUUGCCGAUACCAUCAGCUUUUGCCAGCUCCUAAGACAAGAUGCCUCGGGUGAAGGAUUUGAACCAGAAGCUGCACACAAAGACCACCUGCCACCUAGGCAGCAAGCAGAGGAGUCUGUGGCCACCAAUUUGUUCCUGGUGUCUUCCUCGGCUCCUCUCAAAGAGCACCUGCUGCCCGAUUCUAAAACCUUGUUACCUGUCUGGCCGAAUGUCUCAGCUUCUUCUGAGUCACAGUCAUCUGUGGCUGCCUCUCAGCCACCAGAGACCUUGACCCCUAGAAGACGCCCACAGUCACCUGUGGCUGCCUCUCAGCCACCAGAGACCUUGACCCCUAGAAGACGCCCACAGUCACCUGUGGCUGCCUCUCAGCCACCAGAGACCUUGACCCCUAGAAGACGCCCACAGUCACUUGUGGCUGCCUCUCAGCCACCAGAGACCUUGACCCCUAGAAGAUGCCAUUCACCGCCGUGGACACCUUCCCAGACAUCUCAUCCUCCCGAUCCUGUGGCAUACCCUCCAGCCAUGCCCGAUCCCAGCGCCGUGGCUCUCCAGUGUGACCGCAAAGCACUGGGGACCUCACAGAUCACACCUCUGCCAGCACGGGCAGAUGAAAGCAGCCAGCAUCUACAGUGUGUGUCCUCAAAGCAUCCAGAGGUGAUCCAACUACAGAGGGACCCAUGGGAGGAUCUAGCAAACUGUCUGGGAAGAGCUGAGAGAGAGCUGCACAGGAGCCCGGAAGGUUCCCUAGGCAACGGUCUCCAGGCUGUCUCUGAGACAGAGGUGGAAACUUGCCACACGAGACACCCAAGGUGUGACUCUCAAAGUGUCCUCCCCGUGGGACCAGGAAAGAAGGAGCUAGAAGGCACCCUGAGAAACUCCUCAAACAGCCAGUGGAGACACACCAAAGACAGUAAGGUGCCUGUGGGCAUUUGUCGAGGAAUACCGAUGAAGCAUGCAUCGGUCCCUCCUGAAAACUCAAAGGAAACUAGGACAACUUGGGGGAAAUCACCCUUGAAUGAUGCGACCAUGUGCAAGAAAACUUGUAAUGAGAUUUCCUUCCUAGACGCCGGCACCCAGAAGGUGCUGGAAAAACAUCUUACCAGACGCCUGGUGAGGCACAGGUGGAGCCUGCCCCUCAAAGGCCUGAAGACUGUACAUGUUUUCAACGUGAACAGGGCUACAGCUUUGCCCUUUCCGCAGCCCUCCGGUGUCUCUUCAUCCCCCUGGGACUCGGCAAACAACUGUAAAAUGGCCAGUCUCAUGGAAGAGCCUUUUCAGACAGCCCCAGAAGAGAAAGGGAUGAAAAACACCGCCACUGUGGAAUCUCUUUCCACACAGAUCCCUCCUUCUGCCCUCCAGCUCCAAUUCCUGAGAGAGACUCCACCUAGUGACAACCCUGGGCCCUCUGAGGUCGCUACAACUGUCCAGGGGGAUGAUAGGACUUCUAUGUCCACCCCUGAGAGUCUCGUGGGCAGAGACUGGCACAGUGACACAACUCUUGGAUCUUGGACAAGAAACCCAGAGCCAAAUCCAGGCCUCGUCAAGGGUCCAUAUGAGUCACAGGAGAGUGAGGGUGAGGGUAUGUUUUUGGGAGAAAUGUACAAAGGGGUAUCACCAGCUCAGGAGAUCAGUGUGGCAUCCCAGUCACCAAGGAGCAGGUAUACCAGGGAUCUGGAGGAGGCGGAAGAGGAAGAGGCCUGUGACUGGGCACUUUACACAGAAGCUGGGGAGAUGGCAAAGUCUCCAAUCAAGGAUGAGUCGCUGGAGACCAAUGAAAGUCCAUCCCGUUCCAGAACCAUUUCCCAGGAUCCAGAAGACUCAGGCCUGAGCACGCCUCACUGCCUGACCCCUGAUGUUGCCCUGCAGGACUGCAGCACUGAAACAGUCUUUCAAGACUGGGCCCCCGAGGUUCUGCUUGCUGCAGACCUCCUGGCUUCCAGGUCCUCCCAGUCCAGCUUCAAAACUUUGUCCUCUACAAGUAAAUCGACCUCCCAAGACAGCCGCACUUUCUCAUCAAGAGAAAGGAGUUUCUCCAAGACUUCCAGUCCCCAGGAACCAUGGACUAGCCAUAUCUUUGGCCCAAAUAACCAAAAUGAGGAAUAUAGAAGUCCCAGUCAAGACGUACAGUUUUCAAGGAUGAGGCCUGUCCAAGCCUAUGGGUCAAAUAAUCACGGAAAGAAGUUUGGGGAUAGGAUAAAAGGCUUUAUAUUGUCAAUUUUGGCUCCCAAAGGCAAAGGACAGAAUUCCCUGCAAAAAGCCAAGGCCUUAUCAGACACCACCCAAAGCCGAGGGUCAAUCGUGAGCAGGGUGUUCAUGCCCCGACAUGUCGCUGAAGCACAGGACCUCAUGACCUCUAUGAGAUGGAUUCUGGAGGAGAAAUUGGGGAUUCACCAUAGGUUUGCUGCCUCAAAAAAAGUUUUACACAAAGACUCACCGCGAUCUCCAACAGGUAGGCAGGUCUGCCACCACAGGAUUCCUCCUACAGAAUCAAAAACAGCCCAAGGAAACGCUGGCUGGGUGCAUCAAGCCAACCCCAAGGUGCACAGCCAACCUUCCACAGGCAAAUGGAUUCCCUAUGCUAAAAACCAGGCCCCGGUGCUCAGGGAACCUGUGUCCCAUGUCAGUCACUAUCAGUACAGGGCACAGGCACCGCUUGCCCCCGGGACCCUGGUCCACUGUCCCAGGCACUGCCGCUGCAACAGUGCUCUACCUACUGGAAAAGAAAAUGCUUUUCUAAAUAUAAAAUAAACGUUUAGACAUUA